UUGAAAAUUUUUAAGGCUCAAACAAUCCGUUACCGACUUUUGCAUAUUUUUUUCUGCUCUUCGUUAGUUUGUUCCUGCUUUGCAUCCAUCCACCGUUCGUCCUUACACCCUUCGAUUUGAAAACGUAGUACGGUUGAAACUCUCCAGAAUGCGCUCAGAACUUUGUAUUGUUCCAGGAGUUUCAGAAUUGUCGUGACGAAGGGAAGACCGGAGCGCGGCGGAGCUUCGUACGGCCUGUUCAAGGGGGGCAACCCUUAAUCGAGGGUGGAUUUUAAAAUUUUCAGUCUGUGAUUCACUUGAUUUCAAACUGUCACCGGAGACAGUGUCGGGAUAUAAAGUGCUUUGAAACACAUCAGUGCGUAUUUGAAUAGCCGACGGUUGGUGGCUUUUUGAAUUAGAAAGUGGUUGAAUAGUUCAGACAAGUGUUUGGAAGGGUUGAAUGUGUUCUAAAGAAAUAAUUGAAAAAUUGAGCAGAACUUUAGUUUUUUAAUAGCCAACUUAUUAAUGUGAACUUAAAUACUCAAAAGUGUUAAAUCCAAAAUAUUUUUUGAACAGUGAAAAUAAUAUUAAAAUCUGAAGGAAAAUAAAUAUCUGAAAGGUAUACAAUGAGUGAAGACCAGCAUCACCAACAACAGUCUUCCCCAAAGGAGCGAAAGAGCAUUCACGAUAUUCGAAAUCAAGAUUUAGUCAGCCGCUUUUUGGCCGCAACUCCACCCUAUCUGUACUCUGCUCCAGUUGGUCCAAACAAUUUCUUCUUCAGUGACAUGCUACGUUCUCUAGUACAAGCUCGGAACAAUGAAAAUGCUCGGAAUAUCCAACUACAACAAGCUGCAUUAGGCCGACGUCCUCGAAAACGCCCAUGGAGCCAGCAUAGACCUUAUUAUGAACAUAUCAAAGAACGCAAAGAACUAAUUGCCGAGGAGAAACCACCGCCACCACCAGAAAAACCUUUGGAAUUGACAAACAAGCAACUGUUUCCAAUAUCUGCUAAAUACCCCAAGGCGGAUCAUCACAGAGACGAUAUCCCCGAAAAACUGAUCCCCAAAGUUGGACAACAUAAUUCUGGCACUGAGAAUAAAGUUACUCAGGAAUUCGAUUCGAAUCUACAAAACGAGACUCCUCCAAAUCUCCAAGAACCUCCAGCUGCAUCACUACCACCUUCUGACUUGGUCCUUCCACCACCACCACCUGUAUGGUAUCCUCCAAUAUAUCCUCCGUACGGAAUAGAUCCUCUCCACUUCUUCAUCGAUCUUCGCGUCUCCGGUCAUAUCUACGACCGGAAAAAAGAUAACGCUUCACCCGGGGCCAACUCAGACAAUAAUAACAUAACCAAUGCUGAUCCUGAUGGUAUUGGCAAACAUCGGCAUGGUUCUGCAUUUACAGUGCCACCACCGCGGAAUGACUCUUCAAAACCAAAUUCGACUACGGUUGACCUAGAAAAAAUGAAUAAUGGUUAUAAGUACUACGACCUGUCUACAGAUGCCAAAGAGAAUCAUCUGAAUUCCAAAAACACAAAUUAUGUGCUACAGAACCUACCCCGUAUCUACACACAUAUGAACUCCAGGGACUCCGAUAAUGACAUGGACAAUAAAUCCGAUGCAGACGUUGACGACUUGACUGAAGAUAACCUGGAUAAGGAGAAUUCGAAUCAUAUCGAUGUGGAAGUUAUUGAGAACGUGCGAUCCCGGUCCAGCGAAACCAGAAGUUCAAACUCUACUUCAGACGAGCUACAGAGUGGUGAAAUCCAUCAAAUCGAUUAGGUUGUAAAAAAGCAUAUCCUAUUUAUAUGUGCAGUUGUUGGUGUUGUGGAAUA